UUAAUGCCGUCAACACGUGCAUUGUAGAUGUGGUAUUUCAGUUCAAAGUAAAUACACUUUCAGCAGGAAAAAUAUGUCGGUGCAAAAGAAAAAACGUAUAUCAAAGAAAAAUAAAUCAGCUUGGAGGAAAACUGAUAUCCAAGAUGUUGAGGAAUAUCUGGAAGAACAAAGACAGGAGGAAAGAAUUGGAUCAUUUACAGAAAAGAAAGAUGAGGAGUUGUUCAAAAUUGAUGUAACCCCCACAGAUGUUAAGAAACCAUCAGUAUUAACUGAGAAACAAAAAAGGAAAUUAAAUGCCAAAAAGCCCUUGCGUUCACUGCAGGCACUGGAGAACACUUCCAAGGUACAGGAUCCCAUUGUUAAGAGGAAUAUUGUAAAACAAAAGAAAGCUGGUCGCAAUAUCGAGGAAGAAGUCAUUAAUCCCAGCAAACCCCGUCAUAUACAAGCAAAUCAAGAUCGAGCAAAGACCUAUGAAAAAGUGGAGAAAAAACUUAAGAAAUUAGCUAGCAAAAUACCAGAUACCAACAAAGAUAUUUGGAUGGAAGAAGAUUUUCGUGAAAAAGUUCCUGGUCUUAAGGAUGAAAAGGGAUGGAUUUCGGAAGAGUUGGCCAAAUACCAUGCACAGAAAUUGGGUCUGCCAGUAUAUAAAAUCCAUGACAGCAUAAGACAUAAAACUACCAAAGCCAAGAAAUUUGAACCACCUCAUCCAGGCACCAGCUACAAUCCAUCCUUACAAGAUCAUCAAAAACUUAUUUCGGAUAUUGUUGAAAAAGAAGAAAAAAUCAUUAAGGAAGAAAAACAUUUAAAACGGGUUACAACACAAAUGUUCCGUAAGGUUACAGCUGAAGAAAGGCAAACGCAACACUUAAAGGAGAUGAGUGCAGGCAUGGAUGAUGAUGAUGACGAAGACGACGACGAUGAUGAUAAUGAAAAUGAGGAAGGCAAUAAAGAUAAGAAAUCUGGAAAGAAGGGAGGAGAAGAAAAUGCCGAUGAUUCAGCAGCAUACAGUACGGUCAAUCCGCCAGUUGAAAACAAAAAGAAGAGCAAAGCUGCACGCAAUAGAGAACUUCGUCAAAAGGAGCUACAAAAGAAACUGGAAGCAAAGAAGGCCUUAAAGAAACAAAUAGCCGAUUUGAAUCGUAUCAAAUCAAUUAAAUCCGAAGUCCUGGCCGAAGAGGAAGAAUUAAAUGAGGCAAUGAAACGCCGUAAAAAGGCCGAAUUCAAAAAGAAAUUCGAAACAAAGCGUUUGGGACGAUUGAAGUUCAACGAACCAGAUCAGGAUGUUAAUAUGCCUGAUGAAUUGGCUGGCAAUUUACGAAAUAUUCAAACGGGUACCAGCCUCUUAAUCGAUCGUUUCAAGAACUUCCAGAAACGUAAUAUCCUGCCCGUCAGUGUUGCGACUGGUAAACAAAAGAAACCGAAAGUUAAACGUUUCCCACGCAGUUCUCACAAGGAACCUGGUGUCUCCUAUCAAAUGCUGCGUGACAAACGUAUGGCCGAGAAGAAAGCGGCUCAACAAGCAGCAAAGUAGAACAUUAGGUAAUGUUUUCGUAUCGUAUAGAAUUAAAAUUUUUUUUAGCUUAAGCAUUUGAAUUUUGUAAAUAAAAUUUUACAUCAAAAAAGGGAA